AAGUAGAGACUAUUCAUCCAAAAACGUGAGGCACAAUACAGACUCUUCUUCACUCUUAUGCCUAUAGCCUCCUAUUUUCUCUCUAUUGCCUCUUCUUCUUCUUCUUCUGUUGCUUUUUAGAUUUUCAUAGCUUUGAUAUUUUGUUGAGUUUGAGAGAGCUUAAAGAGAUUGUCAUCUUCACUAAGUUUGUAUUUGUAUACAGGAGAAGCCCUAGUCUUAUUAUCAGCUGGUAGAUCUGUUUCAGUUUUGGUCUGAGCUUGGUUUUUGUGUGGAUUCUAGCUUCAAAGUCGAUGGACCAAUUACGAGGUUACAAAACCAACUGUGGAUUCUCACUUGGGAAACCGAGAUUCGGAUCUAUUAAGGUUAAAAUCCCAAGGAUCAAACCUGAGAUAGAAGAAGACCAAGUAGAAGAAGAUGAUGAAGCUAAAAACAUCGGUCUCGAGGAAGAGGAAAAUGAUCAUGAAGCUAAGAGUAUGGAUCUAGAGCAAGGAGAUGUGGAAGAAGAAGAAGGAGAAGAGAAAAAACAUAUAUGUUGUGAAUGUGGUAAAAGGUUUGUGUCAGGUAAAGCUUUAGGAGGUCAUAAACGGAUUCAUGUGCUCGAAACUCGUAAAUUCUCAAUGAUGAGACCAAAGAUGGUGUCUGGUAUGGUUGGUAGAUCUGAAAGAGGUGACUUAGAAGUGGCUUGUUGUGUUUGUUACAAGAAGUUUACAUCAAUGAAGGCUUUAUAUGGACACAUGAGGUUUCAUCCAGACAGAGGUUGGAAAGGUGUUUUGCCUCCUCCUCCUCUUCUUCCUCAUCCACUUGGUAAUUCAUCGUCUUCUACACUUGAUCAUGAUGAUGAGUUUAUAAGCUCAGAUUAUGAUGAUGAUGAUGAUUUUGAUGAUGAUGAUGAUGAUGAUGAUGAUGAGAACUCGGAGUUAUGGGACAGUAAUUUGGAAUUGGAAAACGUUGUUGAAUCGAUUAAAGGAUGGUCAACAAAAGGGAAGAGAGGAAGGAGAGGUGAUUUGAAGUUUGAUGAAGCAGAUUUGAAGGAUCCACCUUUAGAAGAUGUGAAGGAUAUUGAUGAUGCUAAUGGUCUAUUGUUCUUAGCUACUACUGCAGAAGCAGCUGCUAAUCUUAAUGUUGCUGAGACUUCUGCUUCGCGUUCCGUUGAAGAGAAAUAUCUGGAAAUGGUCAAGAAGAGGAAGAAGAAGCAGAAGAGAUUGUCUGAGAUGGAGAAAGAGUCAUCAACAUCUACUCAUCAUGAUCAUCAGCUUGAUCAGGUUGUUGUUGUUGCAGCUGAGGAAGGUGGUGGUGCCGGUGCACGUGAGAAGCACGUGUGUGUGACUUGCAACAAGUCGUUUAGUUCUUAUCAAGCUUUAGGAGGUCAUAGAGCAAGUCACAACAAGGUCAAGAUAUUGGAGAAUCAUCAAGCUAGGGCAAACGCUGAAGCUUCAUUACUUGGAACUGAAGCAAUAAUAACCGGUUUAGCUAGUGCUCAAGGAACAAACACAUCUUUAAGCAGUAGUCAUAAUGGAGAUCAUGUUUGUAAUAUAUGUCACAAAAGCUUCUCAACAGGUCAAGCUCUUGGUGGUCACAAGAGAUGUCAUUGGACUGCACCAGUUUCUACUGUGGCUCCAACCACGGUUCCAACCGCUGCUCCAACCGUUCCAGCAACUGCGUCUUCUAGUCAAGUAACAGAGACAGUACAAGAGGUGAAGAAAUUGAAGAGAAGAGUUUUGGAGUUUGACUUGAAUGAGUUGCCACCUAACGAAGAAGAAGAAAGAGUCUAAGAGACGUAUAUAUGCAAGCAAGUAAUCUUUUUAACUUUAAAAAAAAAAAAGACAAAAAAAUAAGACUUAUUAAAUUAGGAGGUAAUGAUGGUAAAAAGGAGUUGUUGACAUUGUAGUAUGAAGAAGAAAGAGAGAAAGAUAUUUUGAUUUUGGGUUCUUAUGGUACUUUUAGUGUUUG